GCGGCCUCCACGAGUCCACUGCCAUCUUCCUGCAACGGCAAUGAGCUGCUCAGGGUAAUUAGCAUCUUCAGAGAGCAUUGCAGAACACGAGAUUGAGAAAAUCAACACCCACGCGAUCCGAAUCGAUGAGUUGCGGCUGUGGCGGUGGCGCGGCGGCGGGGGUCGGCGGGCUGGCCGAGUGGCAGCGCAUCUACGACCGGGUCGAGGCGCUCGCCGCCGGCCGCGCGCGGCUGGAGGCGCGCAACAGGAUCCAGCACGAGUUCUGGGACGCCCGCCUCCACCAGGCGGAGCUGAGCAGAAGCAGGUGGGAGGCGGCCUGCAGGGAGCUGCUCCCUUCCGAUGAUCCCAAGCUCGCCGAACUGCUAGAGAGUGAUUUGGAGGAUUCAAGAACUUGUGAAGCUCUUUUGGACACCGAAAACUCAGAACUGCUGGUACAACUGAGGGAAGAUGGAGCUUGUGUAGAGCUUAAUGAAAACACUGCAGAUCACGAGCACACUUCUGGAGAUUUAAUAUCAGAGGUAAGAAAGUUAAAGCGAACCUAUGCGACCAUAUGCUGGAACAAGGAUAAGGAAGCCACUGAAGCAGUGCAGAAGCUUCAACAGAAGAUAGAGGAGCUGCAAGUGGCAGCCUGUAAGAAGGAUGAUGAGAUUGGAAUAUUGCAAGCAGAAGCUUCUGCUUGUAUAAAUAAGUUAAUGCUUCUAAAGGGUAAACUAGAUGAAAUGCGAUCUUUGGAUAAGGACAUUGACAUCCAAAAGCUCAAAGUUGGGCAACAUGAGACUCUUGAAAGCAAGUUUGCCUCCUUGCCAAAUAUACAAUCCAAGGAAGCUGGAAAUAUUGUAGAUAUUAUUCAAAAGAAUGCGGAUCAUGGGGCCAUCACGGCGGAGCUCAGAAAACUGAAGCAAGCUUAUGAGACCCUGAGCUCAAACAAGGAUAAGGAAAUUUCUAAAUUACUUGAAAUGAAGGAUUUUCUUUUGAACCAACUGAUGAGAAUGGACAAGGACAAUGCUGAGCUCCUUCAGAAAAAGGAAGUGGAGGCAGCACAAGCUAACGAAGCAGCACAAAAGCUUCAGCAGAAUGUAGAGGAGCUGCAAGUGUCAGUCCGAUAUAAGGAUGAUGAGAUUGGCAGAUCGCGAGCAGAAGCAGGGCCCCUAAAGAUAAAGGAAGUGGAGGUGGCACAAGCUAAUGAAGCAGCACAAAAGCUUCAGCAGAAUGUAGAGGAGCUGCAAGUGUCAGUCCGAUAUAAGGAUGAUGAGAUUGGCAGAUUGCGAGCAGAAGCAGGGCCCCUAAAGAUGAAGGAAGUGGAGGUGGCACAAGCUAACAAAGCAGCACAAAAGCUUCAGCAGAAUGUAGAGGAGCUGCAAGCAGCAGUCCGAAAUAAAGAUGACGAGAUUGGGAAAUUGCGAGCAGAAGUGGAGUACCUUCAGCAGAAUGUAGAGGAACUGCAAGUGGCAGUUCGAAAUAAGGAUAAUAAGAUUGGCAGAUUGCAAGCAGAAGUGAGGAUCCUUAACAUAAAACAAGUGGAGCCAGCACAAAAGCUUCAGCAGAAUGUAGAUGUGCUGCAAAUAGAAGUGCGAAAUAAGGAUGACGAGAAUUGUAGAUUGCCAGCAGAAGCUGCUAAUGCAGAAAAAAAGGUACCGGCUCUUGAGGUAACACAUAGCACUGAGCCAAAAACAGCCGAGGCCUCUGCAUCAACAAAAGCCUUGGCUGUUGUGGUGGCUGCUUCAGCAUCUCCACCCGUCACAAGCUCCAAGCCAGGGGCGGGGAUCGACAUCGAUCUGACCCCUCCCCGGCUUGUCGACGACAGGGAGGCCAGCCCGCCCUUCCCUCCGGGAUUCGGGCCGGUGGCCCGAUUCAAGGACACAACUACCACCGCUCCGACAGCAACCUUGGCGGUGGUGGUUGCGAAGGAGGACGGCAACCCUGACCAGAGCAUCGCUGGUACUACUGAUGAUGCGGGUGGGCUUGACAUUGACACUGCCCCCAUGCCCCCUGCAGCAACAACAACCAAGACCAAGAGCAGCAUGCUGAAGGGCAAGCCAAGACCAAAGGAGCAGAGCAAGGCUGAUAAGGAAGGUACAGAGCUGGACUCGAUCCUAGGGAAGAGGAUGGAGCGCAACAGGCCAGAGUCUAAUGUAGGUCUAGGUGAAAAUGAGGAGAUGAACAGAGACAUGUAUAAGAAAAUGAGAGGGUCUGUUAGUGGAGAGGCUGAGAGCAACAUAGGUGUGUUAGGUGGUAAGGAAGCUACCGGUAUAGGGGCUACUGGGGAACUGAUGGGCGCAAAGGAUGACGCCCGUCAGGAGGAAUGACGAUACUUAGCUGGAACUGCUGGGGAUUGGGCCAGCCCGGGACAGUUCGUGAACUGGUGUGCCUAGUGUGCACUCAUGGCCCCUCUGAAACAUGGCAGAUGGAGGCUAGGCCUCAAGCAAUGUAUCACCCAUGAUGGGGGUAGGAAAGGGUGCUGGCAUCCCCCUAUUUUGUGACAAUAGCAUUGACAUAAAGUUGCUCUCAUAUGGUUCGAGGUA